AAUUGCCUAGGUGAAGAGUUAAUUGUCAUAGCUGAGCCUGGCACUGUUGACAAAGCGUUCAAAGUACUUUUGACCGGCACGUUUGCAGGAAAAUGUGACAGUUUGAAGCCACAACAAUAUCCCGAAGUGAGGAGUGUUUUGUAGGAGGCCAGGCAGAUUGCCAACGCUAACCAUCACAAUGCCUGAGGUGGAUUUUGAUGCAGUGUUUGAUGCGCUUGACCUCUCUCGCCAAGGCUACCUCCUACCUGAACAGCUCCAGGACUUCUACCUGGCCCUGUACUACGAACAGGUAGACAUCAGACAUGCCCAGGCCUCCGUAUCACAGAUAUGUGGGCCUUCCACUCAGGGCAGGUGCAGCAAGAAACACUUCCUCGAUGUCCUCAUGGAAAUCGACCGCAGAAAAUGUCUUGAAGAGAAAGUCUACUGGGACUUCCAAGCGCUAGACAGGGACGGGAGCCACCGCCUCCGCCCUAGCGAUGCCUUGCUUCUCAUCCGAGCGACCCACGGGGAGAAGUUCUCGUUCCAGACGUGGAACCAGUUUGUGGCGUCGCGCGUGGACCCUGAGGAUGACGUGUGCUUUGAUGAGAUGAAGAUGUGGCUGUGCAUGCUGCCCGAGGGAGAUCCAUGUGGGGAGGAGCAGGCACAGAAGGAGGAGGAGGAUCUCAUCAACAAACGGACUGAGAUGGACUGGGAAGAACGGGAGGAGCUCCUCAAGUUACAGGAAGAUGACCACACCCUUGCUGCAGAGGCUAAACAACAGCAGCAGUACCAGGCAGAGUUCAAGUACCACGGCCGUAGGAAACUCAACAGGUGGAACAAAGGUGGUGUUGAGGCUGUCAUCUUUGAUGAUGGGACAGACUGGGGAGAGGACACCCAGCAGCAGGCCAGGGACAAGGUGGGGGUUACCGAGCUGCUGGCCGCUCUGGACGAGAAGUACCGACUACUGAGGGACAGGCUGCUAGAGGAAAUGGCUAAGGUCCACGUUGGUGAAAGGAGCUGGUUGUCUCUGUCGGAAAGUGAACGACAAGAGCAGCUGCUCCAGGUGCAGCUUAAGGCUGACCAGCUGUUCCAGAGCAGACAGUUUGAUCAGGCAUCGUCCCUGCCCGGCGGUGGACAGCCCCAGGACGAGAACCUUCGGGCACUGAUGGGAGAAAUCUACGACGACCAGAAGAAGAGACAGGAGGAUGAGAUGGAACAGACCAAGAGGUUUAUGGGGGAGGGCAAGUCUGAUGAGGAAAUAUACCAGAUCCUGGAGAACAACUAUAGAGACUUCAUCAGUGGGUCAACGACCACAGGUGACCUCCUGAGUGACCUGCAGCAGCGUUAUGAACUGGAGAAAGCGACGCUGCUCGGUAAACUGCAGGCGGACGGGAACCUGGUUCUGGGCGUGCCGGAACGCAUCCUGGCAUUGGUGUACCUGACCAGGCAGCAUAGGUGUGCAAGAGAUGAGGCAAACUUUGAGACAGCCCUGCUCGCUACGGGGAUAGCAGAGAGGUUCCAGACAUACAGGGCUCAAAGGUUUGACAGUGACCGCAGCAGACAGGAGCAGUUGGCGUCUGAACGGUUACGGGAGCGGAAGGGCAGGAGGCAGGCACAUGUCCCGGAGGAGGACCACGUCAAGAGCGGGAAGGGGCUGGGGGUCGUUGACCUGCAGCUGGCAGUGGGGAGGGAGGUGAACAGGAAACAGGCAGCAGAGAGAGAGGUCCUUAUCCAGCUGGUUCAGGGUCGUGAGGCACCCCAUGCCAUCAAGACGGCGAGGAAGAUGAGCAGGGAGCAGCGGGAGGAGCGGCUGAAGGAGCUGCGCAGGAAGAGGAACCAGUGGCGCGCCCGCGGGUCAGAGUUCAAGGUCUCACACAGGAACGCAAGCCGCAAGAUUCUACAGGAAGCCACAGGUCUGUACUGGGAGAGCCGGAGGGACGCCCUGGGAGGCAGGAGUGUACAGGACAGUGUGGUGUCAGCCUCGGUGUUAGCAGACCUGCAGCAGAAACAGGACAUGGAGUGGACCAACACACUGCUGGGCAUGCAGGGGAAGUCACCUAAGGAGUUGAACCACCAGCGUAAGCAGGAGCAGCGUUCAUGCCGUGAGGAGUGGCUGGACCAGCUGUCUGCCGUGGUGCUGGGCACGUUUGAGCUGACUGACCAGGAGAAGGUGCUGUACACAGCUGUGGAGGAGAAGUAUGAUGCCCUCAGAGAGAAGUUGUUUGUGGUGUCGAUCCUGACCAACCCAUCGCUACCUGAGGAAGAGAGACAACACGAGCUGGCCCGCAUGAAGGCAAAGGAACAGAACCUGAGACGGGAGGCCAACACAGAUGACAUGGCUGAGCUCCUGGGGCAGCACUUCAAGACUCCUCCUGGGAUCAUGAAGCUGAUGGGAGAGCUGAGGCUGGCCUUCGAGAAGCGAGUCUUCCGCCACCUGAAGGACACUGGGAAGACUGCUGCAGAUCUGGAGGACAACUUUGACAUGGAGGAGCCUGCCUACCCUGCGAUGUCAGCCAACCCGUUGGCUGAGCUGCAUGAGAGGUUUGAAGAAGAGAUGGAGCUGGUCCUGACCCUGCUGCACGACAGCCAGGGCAGCCACGACGCCCUCUAUCAGUCAGAGCUGGUAUGGCAGCGCAGGGAGAGACACAGGGUGGAGAAGGAGGGGAUGUUCAUCCCAGCUGCCCUCAUCGUGGGGCUGGCUGAGAGGCUGCGGGCUUGGACCAGUGCAAGAUCUGUAACAGACAAGGCACGUUACCAGUCAGUAGCAGAAGAGAGGAUGGCUCACUUUGCCUACGAGAAGACAAACCUGCAGGAGGAGCUAAAUGCAGACGAUCGUAGGGAGCCCAGCGAAGGUGACACGAUCGGUUGGCAGCAGGCGGUCCUGCGGGCGCUGGACAACAAACACCUGGCUGAGAGGCACCUGCUGCUCGGCCUCCUGGGAGACGAGACCAGCGAGGAGCUACGGGAGGUUGCCAGGGAGAUGGACAGCGAUGAGAGACGGAAACGUCUGGUGGAGGUCAAGAUGAAGAAGAGGAAGUUUGACCUUGAAUCAGAAGCUUCAAGAGAGGAAAACUUCAGCGUUCUUGAAGAAGCUGCCGCUCUGAAAAGCGUCAGUAGAAAGUUCCGUCUGGAGAGCCAGCACCCAGCGAGGGAGAUCACCCAUCAGUACGUCACCACUACACUUCUGGCCGACCUGCAUGAGGAACAGGACCUGGAGGCACAGGCUGUGUUUGCAAUGCUCUCUUCUAAGUCUGAAGCUGAGUUGAGGCGUCAACGUGAACAGCAGACCAAGCUGAGGCAGUGGAAGGCAGGAGACAACGUGCUCAUCAUCCUCACAAGGUUCGAGGACAGCGGAGGCAGUGAUCUCAUGAGGAUUCUGCAGAGGAAGCAUGAGAAGGAGCGAGCCUUCCUGAGUAAACUGCUGCAGGACCGGAGUCGCCAGGACCUGUGGGACGCUACGUCGGUCAUGUCCUCGGUACAGAAGCAGGAGAGACUUCUGGAGCUGACAACUGCACUGAAAACUGCAGAGAGAGGUAAGGGUGGGACAGGUGAGUACAAGAAGGUGCUACAAGAAGCUGCCAUCGUCAAGUUCCACAGCCGGCAGACCUCCCUGGGUAAGGAGAGGGGAGUGGACCCGUCUAACGAUGACGUGGUGGUGUCGGUCCUGAAGGAUCUGUACCAUGAACAGGACAAGGACCAGAAGAACGUCAUCGAACAGUCGGCAAUCAUGGGAGAGCCGACCCUAGCAGGUGUACAGAAGCAGUGUCUGGAGCUGCUGAAACAGGGGAGGUCUGAGAAUGUCAGCGUGGUCGUCCUGGCCGCCGAGGUCACCAAGGAGGCCGGUCAGGAGGAGCUGAUUGACGCUCUGGAAGGGAAGUACGACGCUCUGAGGGACAAACUCAUCGCUGAAGCACUCGCUAAGCAGAUGGGAGAGGCAGAGUGGGCACUGCUGUCUGAGCAGGAGAGACAGGCCAGGCUGAUUAAGAUGAAGCUGGAGCAGCGGAGACUGCGGCAGGAGGGACGGCAGGAGGAGGCAGACGCCAUCUUGGCACAACUCCUUAAAGACCAACAGAACCUGGAGAGCCUGAUGGGCGACACGAAGGCAGAGCAGGAGAGGAAGCUGAAGGAGCGGCUGGCCAGGAGGAGGCAGCGGCUGGAGGAGGGGAUGACAGAGGAGGAGGCGGAGCGGCUGGAGCAGGAGGAGGUCAGGGAGGAGGAGGAGGAGAAGAGGAAGCAGCUGUCCGCUAACAUCCUGGCAGACCUGGAGAAGAGAUAUGAGGAGGAGAAAGAAGCCCUGUUGGCAAGCCUGAAGACUGCAGACGCUCAGGCCGACAGCGAGAGGAAACGGCAGGCAGAGCUGACCAGACUGAGACUGGAGCAGCGCCGGGCGCGACAGGAGGACAACUUUGAGGCAGCAGCAAUCGUGAUGGGACUGGCACAGUCAAGCGAAGCUGCGAAGGAGAAGGAGAGGUCUCGCCAGGAGCAGCUGGCCAGGGAGAGACUGGAGGAGAGGAAGAGGAGGAGGAGGGAGGGGCAGGGAAAGCAGGAGCCCGGGGAGGAGGCAGUACCAGUACCAGAGGACGAGGAGGACGCCCUGGCCUGGCAGGAGGCAGUCGUCAGGGAGAUGGAGAAGAAACAUGCAGAGGAGAGGGACAAACUGGUGGAGCUUCUGCAGACAGAGGGAGCAUCAGGCAGUUCCAGCCGGCAGAAGGCCCAGGCUGUGACGGAACAGGACAGACAGGACCGGCUGUUUGAACUGAGCGAGAUCAGGAGGGACUGGAGGGAACAGAGCUCAGCAGAACUCUCCGAAACACAGGAUGAACAGGAGGAGAUAUUUGAGGAGUCCACAGCCCUGCGAGUGGAGUGCUGCCUGUUGGCCCUGCAGUCUGCUGCGGAGGGAAAGGCUGUUAGCGAUGACGACGUUCACGUGUCGCUGUUGGCAGAUCUACAGCAGCACCAGGACAAGGAGAGCCACUACCUGCUGCAGGACCUGGCUGCUAAGACCAUAGCUACGCUGAAGCAGCUGAAGACGGUGCAGUACCGCGCCCGUGCAGACCGGUGGUACGAUAACGUCGCAGCCGUACUGCUGACGGGAGAGCGGCCGGCGUCACCCGAGGAAGGCGCGUCUGAGGGGGAGCUGGUGAAGGCUCUGGAGGACAAGUACGACGCCCUGAGGGACAAACUCAUCAUGCAGACCCUGAUUGACACGAUGGGAGAGGCAGAGUGGGCGGCCCUGUCUGAGAAGGAGCGCCAGGCGCGGCUGGUGAAGAUGAAGCUGCAGGAGCGGCGCCUCAGGCAGCAGGGCAAGUUUGACGAGGCGGCCGCGCUGUUAGGGGAGGGCAUCAAGAAUCAAGAGGAGCUGGCCCGGCUGCUGGGAGAGGCGAGAGCUGACCAGAAGAAGCAGCUGGAGGAGAGGCUGGCCCGGCGCCGGCAGCUGAAGGCAGAGAGGGAGGCGCAGGGGCUCGCCACGGACGACGCAACACUGGACCAGAUCCAGGAGGAGGAGGAAAAGAGGAAUCUGCCAAAGAACAUCCUGGCAGAACUUCAGAACAACUUUGAUGCUGAGAAAGAGGCCCUCCUGGCCAGUUUGCGCGGCCAAGACGAGAGGUUGGCCUCCGAGAGGAAACGGCAGUUGGAACUCGCCCGUCUGCGCCGAGAACAGAAGCGUCUGAACCAGGAGGACAAGUUUGACAGUGCCGCCAUCGUGUUCAGCAUCGCAAGGAGGAAUGAAGCAGCAAGGGAGGCAAAUGUGGAGAAAGAUAGAGAACGGCAGAAGCAGCUGGCCCAGGAGAGACUGGCCGCUCGCAGGAAGAAGAAACAGGAACAAGCGGACCUGACCAGCAGGGAGGCUCUGGAGGAGCGGCUACGUCAGGAGGAGGAGGACCAGAGGCUGGAGGAUGAGGAGGAGAAGUCUAAGAUGACAGAAGAAGGUGCAGUAGGGCUGCAGGUAGCAGUACUAUCAGAGCUGGAGAAGAAGCACAGUGCAGAGAGAGACAUCCUGAUGCAGCUGGUCCAGGCAGCCGAGGGCAACCAGGCAGGGAGGGCAGAGGUCAGCAAGAUGGCUGACGAGGAACUGGCGGGUAAUCUGGAGAGCCUCCGUCAGCAGCGUCAGGCGUGGCGACAGAAGGUAGCGGAAGGCGAGGAGGUUAGAGACGUCUCGGAACGAGCCAAGCUGCAGAGCGAGCAGAACCACUUCCUGGGGCAGGCCGUUCUCAUCGCCAUGGAAGGAAAAUGCAGAGAGCUGACUCCCCAGUUGGAAGGUAAGACACCGGAGGAGGUGACAGGCGAGGCCUCCGUGCUGCUGCUGGCAGAACUGCAGCAGAAACAGGAGGCAGAGGGGAACGCUCUCAACUCUGUCCUGUCAGGUUCUCUGGAGGAGGAUCUGCUGAAGAGCUUGAAGGAUGACCAGCGUCGAGCGCGGCGGGAGGGUUGGCUGGACAACCUGGCUGCCGUGGUGCUGGGACAGACAGAGGACAGACCAGGCACGGCGGACAGCACGGAGGAGAAAGCCAUCAGCGGGCAGGAGGAGAAACAACUGCAGGAACUGGACGAUGAGCUGGAACAACAGAAACAGGAGCUCAUCAAGAAAGGGCAACUGGGUGAGGACAUUGAUGUGGAUGCAGCCAUGGCUGAACUGGAGAAGCAGUACAAGGCAAAGAAGGAGGCGUUGUCCUCCGACAUGGCCCGUCAGCGCGCCCAGCUGAAGGAGCGUCUGGCAGCACGGAAGGCGAAACGGGAGAACCAGAUGUAUGAGGAGGACAUGGCGGCCGCCAUGAUCCAGCGCGCCUCGCAGCAGGCCGCACAGAUCAACCAGAUGGCUGCGGCCGACAAGGCCAAGCAGGGAGACAAGCUGCAAGAGAGACUGGCAGCCAGGCGUGAGGCCAGAAAGCAGGCUGCGGAGGCGAAGAAGAAAGAGGAGGAGGAAGAACAGAAGCGGAAGAAGUCGGAGAAGGGAGCCCUGCCUCCUGGAUUCUCCAUGCAGCGUGAGAAGACUGUCAUCAAUGUGGACUUGUCCAAGGAGAAGCAGGAUGAGAUUUUGGAGUCGCUGAGGUCAGACAAGGAGAAAGCUGAGAGGAAACUACAGAGGGACAAAGAGCGUGCCUCUAUUCAGGUCCAAGCGAAGCUGGAGCAGCGCAGGAAGACGAGAGUCAGUGCUGCUCAGGAGGUGUUCACUCUGGGAGAGAGACAGAAGACCAUCUUAGAGAAGACACAACACGAGGACCGGCAGCGGCAGCUUACGAUGGUGAAGGAGCGUCUGGACAAGGUGAAGUACGAGCGCACCAUGACCAUCAAGGCGCGACAGCGUGCCAGCCAGGCCAGGUUUGAGGAGAUGCUGAACCCGCAGGAGGCGCAGGCGCUGUCCCGCGACGAGAAGAUGAACCGCGCCGCCGAGGAGAUGAUGCGAAAGUUCCGCACAGACGAGGCUGACGUCAAAAAAGGAGUCAAGAGUGCCUUUACCUUUGGUGACAGUGCAGACAGUGACUCAGCUAACAGCGGUGCAGAGGAGGGCGGGUCCACCAGCGAACAGGUCAGGCCGAAAACACGGGGACGGAUGACGGACCAGGAGAAACGGAAGUUGAUGAAGGAACGCUUCGAGAAGAGAAAGAGGGAGAGGAAUCAAGAAGGGACAAAAGAAGAACCUGAGGGAUGAAAAGUAGUAAAUAAGUGCCUUGUAGGAUUGUGGAUUGAAUACCAAUCCAGUGUGGUAUUCCCUUUUCAUGCAAUUUAUCCAAUGAAUCACUGUUGAGUGCCUUUUAAUAAUAUCAUGCUUCACCUCUCAGUUGAGGAUGACAAAAGAAGAGACAGAAAUUAUAUUGAAGUACAAUGUAUAUACAUGUACAUGUUAAAGGAAAUGAUGAUAAUUGGUAUACUUCUACAGUAAGAGAGCUAAAUAUUGAAAACAAAACACUCAUUUAAGUCUAUUAGAAUUAUUGGAUUGAUAUUGUAUCAGAUGUUUGCUGGAGCAAGAUAUUGUAUGCCUUUUACCACUGUGGUAGAGAUUCCCUUUCUUACUUUGAUAUAGCUAUCUUUUUAUAUCUUGGACUAGAUUUGACUUUAUAAUCAUGCACACGUGUGACGCACAAUUAAAACUUAUACAGGAUAAAGGACACAGGUGCAACACCUUUACUAUGCAAUAUUAGAAAUAGAUAACGGAUUGUCAAAGUUUCCCAUAGUGUUACAAAAAUGUAGAUGAAAAAUAUAACAGAAACAUAGCAGAUUCUUUCACCUAGUAGCAUAUUGUGCUUCAAUAAUCUGCUGGAUAUUCUACUUGUGUCACAUUUGCCUUAUUUUAAUAGCUACUGAAGAUUUUUUAAUACAAAUCAAAUCAAAGUGAUAUGCACAUUUUAAAACCAGAAAUGACUUUAAGUAAAUGUACACAGUCCUCGCUACAGUAUUUGUAUAUAAUGGAUGGAAAGAGCAGGUGCUCAAAAUAGUUCAGGAUAUAUUUCUUCAAGAAUUGUUUCAAUAUUACAGGUCUUGAAAUGAUUGUAUACAUUCGGUGGUUGUGCCUUAGA